CGCGCUUGACUAGAAAAAGCUUCUUCCUAACGGCAGGACCUUUCUCCGCCGCUCUAGAACCUUCAUCGGCCAAAACCCUAUAUUUCUUAAAUCGAAAGUUGAAAUCUACCCCUCCAUUUUCCCCAUGUUGUGGUGGUUCUCGUAGUUUCAUCGAAUUUCCACCCUCACUCAGGCAAGCAGUGCGUAACUGCCCGGAACUCGUCUAACAUCGUCGGACCAUUGCAUUUCCCCCUGCGCUAAGAUGGCGAACGAUUUGGCUCUUGAUUUGGAGGAGCUUAGGCAGCUGCAGGCCAUAGCCAAGCGGCCUCGCGUCCUUUCCCUCAUCUCUUCUGAGAUUCGCAACAUGGAGCAGAUGUCGAAGGGCCCUGCUUCUGUCCCUACACCAGCUCCCAUUGCUACUGGAGUCAAGCCCUCUGCUUCUCCUGCAUUGACGUAUUCUACUCUUGGAUCGUUCAGCUGGGAUCAGGACGCUGAGAAAGUGAAGAUUUAUGUGUCACUAGAGGGUGUCGAGCAAGAGAAAGUUGAGGCAGAGUUCAAGGAGAUGUCCUGCGAUGUCAAGUUCCAUGAUGUUCAGGGUAAGAACUACAGGUGCGCCAUCCCGAAACUGAACAAGGAAAUAGUGCCGGAUAAAUGUAAGGUGGUGGUUAAGCCUACGAGGGUGAUCAUCACUUUGUUCAAGGCUUCAAAGGGUAAUUGGUUGGACUUGCAGUUCAAGGAAGACAAGCUCAAGCCUAAUCUGGAGAAGGAGCGGGAUCCAAUGGCUGGGAUUAUGGGCUUGAUGAAGAAUAUGUAUGAGGAAGGGGACGAAGACCUGAAGCGAACUAUUGCCAAAGCAUGGACUGAUGCAAGAUCUGGCAAAGCGACUAUAUGAGGAAGGCUUUUUGUAAUCCCAUUUUGGCUUGGACGACAUUGUCUUGGGAAGUUGGGUUCUAGGUUCUUUUGGUUAUAUAUCAGCUACUGCAUGGUUGUAAGGAUGUCAUUGUUGGUCUAAAAAUGGGAAUGCAUCAAUAUGUGUUUGCACUCUGUUGAUCAUUUCUGGAAUGUAAAUUGCCUUUCGGCCGGUCUCUGUUCUCAAUUCUAAUGUCGUGACACGGUUCAUCUUUUAUCUCCAAUCUAAUCCAUUUUCUGCUUUCGUUCAAUUUCUGGUUUACACACU